CACACUGUGAUCCAACCUUCUUUAAAUCAAAACACUAAGAUAUGCCAAGAUCCAUAAUUAGGAGAUGAUGGAUGAUUCCUCUUGCUCUGAAUACUUGCCUGAGACUCAUGAAAUUCUUUCAUCAUGGUGUCAUAAUUUACAAGAAGUUAAUUGCCAACUUCCAUUGAUUCCUACUAAUUCUGGUUAUUUCCCUACAUGGUCUCAAGAGUUUUCUGCUUCUAGGAGCCAUAGUGAAGCUGAGAAAAGGCGCAGGGACAGAAUCAAUGCUCAGCUUUCUACUCUUAGAAAACUCAUUCCCACUUCUGAAAAGAUGGAUAAGGCAGGUCUACUAAGAAGUGUUGUUGAGCAUGUUAAAGAUCUGAAAGAAAGAGCAAAAGAAAUGAGCACUGUAUUGAACACUCCAAGUGACAUUGAUGAAGUAAUAAUUGAGGAAGAAGAUGAAAGUUCCAAUAACAACAACAUACUUGUGAAGGUUUCUUUUUCCUGUGAUGAUCGACCUGAAUUGUUCUCAGAACUAAACAGGGGUCUCAAGAACCUCAAACUAACAACUAUCGAGGCUAAUAUAACUAGUUUGGGUGGCAGAAUUAAAUGCAUUUUCUCCCUUCAAUCCAUUAAUGUUGUUUGCACUACUCAUUCUCUCAAACACUCUCUUAGAGUGUUGCUUGCUAGGAUUGCUACUUCCCCUUCUACUCCCAAUUCUCGAAUCAAAAGCAAGAGGCAGAGGUUCUUCUUGCUUGCUACCUAAUUAUUCUUAUGCCAAAAUUUAAUU